GCGACCUGCCCAGUUGUAUGCGUAUGUAGUUGUCACUCGUUUGUUAAGGCAUUGCUACACCAUCAGCCUAAUUAAUGUUAUGACAAUCUGAAGUGAGUGAUUUUGUGUGUGACCGAUGAAACGGAACUUAGCAUAAUUAUUUGCCAAUCUCAGAAUUCACUGGAAAACAACAUUUCAGCUUCAGUUCGUUUAGUGACAUGCGGAGCUGUUAGCCUGCUUGGGUCAUCACUACAGGGAGGAGAUUUGAUUUUUAAGUGUCAUGGGUUCAGGUUCAUCAACAACAACAACAACGACUGCAGUGGAGACUAACGGAAAACCAGCAAAAGGGCGGACUGGAAAUGUGACGAAUACAGACACAGAUAUAGGACGAAAUGGAAGAACUCAAGUAGUUAAACAGUUGUAUGCACCGCCAGGGGCACCGGCAAUUUAUCAUGGAACAGUUCGUCCGAGACCAAACUUCGACGCCUUGAAAGAAGCUGAGAAUCUUAAUAUAGCCAUGCAAGGCUCAGGAACAAAAGACAAUCUACUGAUCGAUGUGUUGACAUCAUGUGACAGAAAUCAGAGAGAACUUAUUGCGCAGGCGUACGAACAGAAGUACAACAAGAAUUGUUUGAAAGAACUGAAGUCUGAGCUAAGUGGUGAUUAUAGUGACGUAGUGGAGAAAUUAAUGGAAAAUGCAGCUGAGUAUGACGCGUGGCUCCUUCACGAAACGCUUGAUGGACUUGGUACCGAUGACGAUGGUCUCAUUGAAGUUUUGAGUUUCAGAAAUAAGGAACAGAUCGAGUCGAUUCAACGUGAAUAUCUUAACAGAUUUCAGAGACAUUUAUCUGACGAUAUCAAGGGAGAUACAAGCGGAAACUUCGAGAAAUUAUGCCUCAAACUAAUGCAGGGUAAGAGAGAUGAGCCACAUGUAUUAGUGACGUCAUUUGCUGAGGCAGACGCUAAGAUGCUGUAUCAGGAAGGGGAAGACAGGAUUGGAACUUGGGACGAUCUAUUUAUAGAUGUAUUCACUUCCAGAAGUUGGGAUCAGUUAGGAGCUCUCUGUGACGCAUAUAAAAAGCUUUAUGGUAAAACAAUUGAAGAAGCUUUAGAAAGUGAAUUCUCUGGUGAUAUCCUUUUUGGACUCAAGAAGCUAGUCGCCUUUGCAAGAGACAGAGCUGAUUAUUUUGCAACUAAGUUGUAUAGUUGUCUGAGUGGAUUAGGAACUGAUGACGAAACACUGCAGAGGAUUAUUAUAAGUCAUUGCGAGACCGACAUGCUUGAAGUCAAGGAGGCAUUUAAGAAUAAGUUUGGUAAGACUUUGGGCAACAUGAUUCGGGAUGACUGCUCCGGAAACUACAAGACGAUACUUCUAGCUUUAAUCAACUAAGUCGAAAUUAUUGUGCAACAAAAAACAACUUCAUUAUUAUAUAGGAUUUGAGGACAGUUCUUUUCAGAACUGAGAAGUCUCCCGAACCUCCGAUAAACCUGCUCCGCUGUGGUAGUAGAAUAAAGAACGACAGUUCUCUAAAGAACAACUCUACACCUGGCAAUUAGAUACAAACAUGGUGUGGCGGCAAACCAAAUUAAUUUCAUUUAUUAUAAUCAUUCAAUUGUCUUUAAAGACUUCCGUUGUCGAACUGAAGUGAACUGUCGUGAAAUAUUUUUGUUAUCGACUAUCUGUCAAUACUUUCGUUACACAAUCAACUAUCAAAUGAAAUCUUUCGUUAUCAAUUUACUGUCCUGAAAUACUUUCGUUAAUGAGUUCAAUAAUCUAUAGUUUGACAAGUAAUCAACUAUCAAAUGAAAUGCUUUUGUUAUCGAUUAACUCUCAAUACUUUCGUUAUUGAGUUCAAUAAUCUAUAGUUUGACAAACAAUCAACUAUCAAAUGAAAUACUUGUGUUGUCAUUUAACUAUGAAAUACUUUCUUUAUGGAGUUAAAUAAUAAUAAUCAAACAAUUAAAACUAUCAUAAUAAAUAAUUUUGUUAUCGAUUAACUGUCAUGAAAUACUUUGGUUGUCGAGUCUUGUUAUCUGUAAUUUUGUCUUCUGAAUGUGUUGUAAUCCUCUUUUGCACUAAGUAACAAUUUUUGGAUCUUCUUUUUCGACAUUAAAGUGACAUCAACUAACAAGUUUAAAUUAACUUUACACUGUAUACACAUUUAUGUACAUAAAGUUCUAAACUAAUUAAACAGACUCAAUACUUUUAAGCGUUUGAUGUGUUUCGUCAUUAUUUGUUUAAUGAUUCAAAUUCUGUUUGCAAAUGUGUAGAAAAAUAGUGCUAGUCGAGCAGGUUCGUCAAGUUGUGGACUUAUCACGUGUUAGUCCAGCAGUUUUUAUAAAAACUUAGUAAAGUAGUUGUAAAUAAAUCACAAGUGAUAAGUUAAGCUGUUUUGUUGAAUUUAGGCUAAAAAUAAAUAAUGAUAAUGAUAAUGAUAAUGAUAAUGAUAAUGAUAA